CAAUAGACAACGAGAAACGCGGAUCCCAUCUGUCAAACCGACACUGUGCUAGUCUACAAUGAUGCCGAGGGGGACAAAGGAUCUCUGUACUUAAAGGCACUAAAAGGCAGGUCUGCGGAGGAUGCUGGGCAGCCUGCCCCAGUUUGCACCCUUGGAAGCUCCGCCCGUCCGCCGUGCGCCUCCUCAGCCCUCAUUCAAAACACAACACAGCUGUUGCGAGGCGCGCUGUUGUGCUGCGGAGCGUCGUGGUGUGUAACGACCUGCGGAGCGCCGUCCUCUGAUGUGCCCGCUGGAGGAGAACCCGCAGACGGAGGGCGAACGCCGCGUUUCGGCUGCAGAAGCAGAGGUCUGAGAAAGACUGGAGCCUAUAGCGAGGGAGAGGAGAUAUUACACACCAACAAGCAACUGCUCCUCCGGCACUAUGCGCAUCUGACACAUAUCUGGUUGAAAGCCGAGCAGGCAUUACUGCAGCUGAGAGCAAUGAAUGGUCUCCUGCGAUAAAGCUCGAUGGUAUGGGAAUGAUGGACCUCCCUAAUGGCCAAUCAAUCCUCUCCAACACUGCUGCAACAGCCUCAGAGAAGAGCAGCAGCUCAGAGUCUCUCAGUGAUAGAGCAUCUUCAGAGCUGAAGAAGAGUUUUGACGCCGUCGUGUUCGAUGUGUUGAAGGUCACGCCCGAGGAGUAUGCAGGCCAGAUUACCCUCAUGGAUGCUCCUGUGUUCAAAGCCAUCCAACCAGAGGAGCUAUCUAGCUGCGGCUGGAACAAGAAGGAGAAGCACAGCUCCGCUCCAAAUGUUGUGGCCUUCACCCGCAGGUUCAAUCAGACGAGUUUCUGGGUGGUAAGAGAGAUCCUCCACGCUCAAACGCUGAAGAUCAGAGCCGAAGUGCUGAGUCUUUACAUCCGCACAGCCAAGAAACUGUGUGACAUGAACAACCUCCACGCUGUCAUGGCUGUGGUGUCCGGGCUACAAAGCGCGCCCAUCUUCAGGCUCACCAAAACGUGGGCUCUACUGAGCCGAAAGGACAAGUCUACGUUUGAUCGCCUCGACUACCUGAUGUCCAAAGAAGACAACUACAAGCGUCUGAGAGACUUUAUCAGCAGCCAGAGCAUGGUCUCCUGCAUACCAUACCUAGGGAUGUACCUUUCCGACCUGACGUACAUAGACUCGGCCUACCCCUCCACAGGCAGCAUAUUGGAGAGCGAGCAGAGAUCCAACCUGAUGAACAACAUCCUGCGAAUCAUAUCGGACCUCCAGAGAUCUUGCACCUACGAUAUCCCAGUGUUGCCUCACAUCCAGAAGUAUUUGAACUCUGUCAGGUAUAUCGAGGAGCUGCAGAAGUUUGUGGAGGAUGAAAACUACAAGUUGUCACAGAAGAUCGAGCCCGGCACCAGCACCCCUCGAGCCAACGCCUCCAAAGAGGAUCUCGUUGGCCAGGAAGCGUCAUCCUCUCCUCUCUGCGGCCGCAAAGGUUCAGUAGUAGCUGACGUCCCGGCCACUCCUCCGUCCCCCAGGAACCUGCUGCCCUAUGGACACAGGAAGUGCCACAGCCUGGGCUACAAUUUUAUCCAUAAGAUGAACACAGUAGAGUUUAAAAGUGCCACGUUCCCCAACGCUGGCUCCCGUCAUCUGCUGGAUGACAGCGUGUUGGAGAGCCACAGUCCCACCAGGGGACAGGCAGAGAGCUCAACUCUGUCCAGUGGCAUUUCCCUCGGGAGCAGUGAGGGCUCCGAGCUCAGUGAAGAGAUGUCAUGGCCAGCUUUUGAGAGGACUCGGUUCUAUCACUCUCUGGGCCCAGUGACCCGUGUGGCCCGCAUCCCGUACAGAGGAGUCCUGAGGCCCAGCAGGUAUAGUGGACGCUUUUUCCGGAAAUGUAGCUCGGCUGAGUCAGAGGAACUUGCCGUGCACUUGUAUCCCGGAGCGGUCACGGUCCAAGGGGUGCUGAGACGGAAGACCGUGCUAAAGGAGGGCAAGAAGCCAACUGUGGCAUCUUGGACCAAAUACUGGGUCGCUCUCUGUGGAACUCAGCUUUACUACUACCCUGCCAAGUCCCUGAAGGCCACAGAGAGGAAGCAUUUUAAGUCUACAUCCAGCAAAAGCGUGUGUGUGGUGGGUCUCAUGGCUAUGAUGGCUGAUGAUCCAGAACAUCCUGAUGUCUUCUUGCUGACUGACUCUGAGCACGGUAACACCUACAAGUACCAGGCAGGGAACAGGAUGAACGCUUUGCUCUGGUUCAAGCAUCUUAGCGCUGCCUGUCAGAGCAACAGGCAACAGGUACCAGCCAAUCUGAUGUCAUUUGAGUGACCGCCGGUGAGAAGAGAGGGCUGAGGAAAGGGAUCGAGGAGGACGAGGAAGUGGAAGCUUUCACUGCCAUGAGCCCUGACGGAGCGAUUCUCUGACUCUCACCCCCCCCGACCUCACUGCAGCCUCACCUGCCACCACUGCCUUAACCAGAGUUCCUCGUGUGUCUGUGUGUGUGAGCGCAGCUCUGUGUGGAGAGAAGCGACUGCUUUGGAUGUGCUGACCAAUGAAUAAGGACCUGCACCGCUGCUCCGUCUACCCAGUCGCGCUCUGUGUCUUUUGUUCAGCACCUCGGUUGGAGCCGUCACACUUUCCACUCACGCUCAGAGCCAAAACCUGCAGCUUCGUCCGUGUUCUUUCUCAAGAGGCAAACUUGUUUUAAUCGAUAUCUUCUUCCAUGAUCAGAUGUAGGAUUUCCAGCUCUCAUUCGGUUGCACACACAGUCAGAACCUGCUGGGCUUUGGAUGGCUCCGGAAAACAUUUUUUUUCUUUUACUUGAUUGUUGCCGUUUUAGACGCUUGUGUUGGCUUAAUGAACGCAUUGCUUAGAUCUCACGCGCACACACAAUGGUCGCUCAUUACAUCGGCGUGAACGAAAGGGCUCCAGCUCCCGCGGAAACAGUUUCUCUCAUUUCCUGAAUGUGUACAGUUUUUAGCUGAGAACCUACCCAGUUUUUUUUCUGUCCUUUACUGAAUUUACUAGAUGUUUGUAUAACAGCAUCGGGGUGGGCGGAGCUUGGUUAGAUUUUCAGGAAUCUUGUCUGUGGUCCUCAGUGGUACGAUAAUCCCAGGAUCUAAGCUAAGGCGUGCGCACGGUUGGACAGAUGCUUUCCGGUUUGUUUGCUUCCUUUAUUCCAAUGUUUUCAUCAGAGAGGAAAUGCUGGGGUUCCUGGACUCGCGCCUACAAAACACUAAAGACUUGAAGCUGUGAAAAGUCCAGGAGGGAGAAAGAACUGACUCGUGAUUUUUAUCUCCUCUGUUCCUUUUGGUUGUUGGAGCCUCCGUUCUGGAGCAGACACUCGAAGCUACCCGGAGCCACACAGUCUUUUUAAGUCUGUUUUUUUUUUUUUCUGUGUUGUAGUUAGAUGUUUUUGUUGUUGUUGUGUUUUUUUUUUUUUUUUGGGAGGGAUGGUGCGGUUCACAGUAUUACCAUUUAGUUGGCGAUUGCACAGCAACGUAGGUUUUGUCUGUUACAUACGAAUGUUAGACUUUUGUGUUUUUCUAUUUCUACCCUUUAUUAAUAAUGUGUGAAUUUUCUGAAAGAUGACAUUUUUUUUUCCCGCCGCCCUAACCAGCCCCAGCUCAGUUUUAGGCCCCUAACAAAGUGGCGUCUUGGUUGGAGAAAAAUAGAUCCCCUGAUAGGUUGCCAUUAGUGCCAAUUGAUGUUAGCUUUCCAGUUUUUUUUCCCCCCUUAGGUUGAUGAGACAUUGAAGGGUUAUUAGCUGUGCGCCACACAAGUACUAAUGUGAAAACACGAGCUGAGAAGAGGUGGGACUGAUAUCCAGAAAUAAUUCAUUUUCUCAACAGGCGCUUGUUUACAUUGUACGGGUGCAUCUCAGUAAAUUAGAAAAUGAUCGAACAAUUAAUUUAUUUCAGUUCAAGCUGUAAAACGAGUAUAGAUGGAGCACGCAGAGUGCUGAAUAUAUGAAGUGUUUGUUUCUGGUGUUUUUUGAUGAUUCUGGCUUACGGCUAAUGGAAACGUACAACGUUUCUCAGACGUUAUUAUAUAGGACCAAAAAAAUAUUUUUGAAGACUCUAUGGCCUACUGAAAGUAAUAUCCAUGUUCACUCAGUACUUGGUCGUAGCUCCUUUUCCAUGGAUUCCUGCAUCAGUGCAGCGUGGCAUGGAGGUUAUCGCCCUGCGGUUCUGCUGAGCUGUUCAGGAAGCCCGGCUUGCUUCUCUGGCAGUGACCUAGUGUGGCUUACUCUGCUUGAGGUAACUGUUUCCUUUAGCUGUAAGCCAAAUAUGUUGAAAUCAACAGAAUUAAACACUUCAUAAUAGCCAUGUAUCACCCUGUUUAUAGUGAAUCUAUUGAAUUUUAAAUGGAAUUACAGAAGCCAGCCAGGUUUUUUUUUUUUGUAAUUUAUUUAGAUGCAUCUGUAUGUUUACACAGCCUAACACCCUCAUUGCGCCCCCCCUGUGCUGUAUUACAGGUGAAAUGGUUUGUGUACAGGCACAUGAAUAGCCUGUCUGUGAGGUACAGUACUAGGAGAGGGCACAUUUGAGGUUGUUGAUGCGAGGCACUGGCGAACAUAUCCACAAUCUCAGAACUAGCUUUUACCUCGCGUUAUUAAUCUCUGAGGUAAUUCCCACGUCAUAGAGACACAUCGAUACAGAAAUCCUCUCCUUUAGCACAAUAUGCUGUACAGUUUAGCGGUUCAAGUUAGCCCCUUUUGUUUAGGUCAGAUGUUGUGUAGUAGGAUGAGUUUAGAACAGAAAGUCGGGAUGUUCUGGUGAACCAACCUGUGGAAGAAUGACUGAGGAAGCCAAAGAAAGGCAUAUGUAAUGUGACGGUCCCUGCAAGCAUGCCGUGUGUGUGUGAGGAUUUGGGUGCCUGUUCAUACUUCUCUAUUUUUUUAAAAAGCGACGUAAUCAAAGCCAGAUAAGGCCCACCUGUCACUGCUGAGCAGUGGGGCGGCGGCGGGCGACCAGCUUUUCCCAGUCACCCGUGUAUGACUGACGUCUCACGCGAUACGCCGCCUUGUCGUGCACUGGACGUGUGAAGAACGGAGGACUGGAAGUGGAAACUGAACCGGAUCGGCUUCAGAAAGAGGCACUGCUUAAAGGGACAGUGCCACAAUCUGUGGAAACGGGCGGGGGGGGUUUGGCCCAAAUGUUAGAGGAGGUUAAACUGUAUUGAACCCUGGACGCUGGUGGCUGUUUACUGACUGUGUGCAGGCCUGCUCAGCCUGACGAGUACGGAGUGACUGCGUACGGCUGAGUAAGAAUCAAAGCCAAGAAUGUGAGAAUCUGCAGGAAGGACUGUAAAGCAAAGUGGGACGGAUGCCGAUCACAUUUCCUUUUCUUUGCAUUACAUUUGCUUUAUUUGAUGCUAAUUGACAAUGAUAGAUGAAAUACCCUAUGUAACUGAGUUUUAUACCAGAGCAAAUGGGUGCUUUACGGGCAUCUGUGAAUUUGAGUAUAAUUGAUCAUGACAAGCACUUUUUGUGAUGUUUUCCCUCACUGUUAACUAGGUUUACAUUAUUAUUAUUAUUAUUUGUGUUAUUCACUUCUGUACAGGCUAUGGUCAACGUAAUGGAAACACGUGGAAUACAUUUUGGGACGUUUCAGUCAUAGUUUCAGCAUUGUCCCCCCCCCCCCUGAUCCAUUUUCUGAGUUUGGGAAUAGAAACUUUUGAGUAUUAGUUGCUUUACUUCUCUCUGCUCUACUAGGUUGUUUCCUUUAAACUGACCAUACUCUGCAAAUGCACAGCUUCCCCCCGUAUUAAAGUGUUUUAAGUCACCUGAUUUCAGUCGAGCAAAGCGUGCGACCUGAGGAAGUGUUUGUUUAUCCUUUGAACCAAUGUGAGUCUGUGCCACGUGUCCGAUAUCAUUCACCGUUUACCAAGAACAGCAGCAGCCGCCGUCGUUUGAGUCGGGAGGACUGGACGACGGCGGCGGCGUGAUCUUUACCCGACUCCACGUGUCUCUGUCUACCUGUGUCAUGACUGUGGCGAGCGCUGUGACCUCUCCUCUGAGUGAUGUGCUGCCUGGUGUGAAGACUGAGAACCAAUAAACACUCUGCCCUGUUUUUGUUUUUUACUCCAUA